AAAAAAAAAAAAAAAAAAAAAACCAAAGCGUAGCAGGCGGCAGCGACACCGCGGAAACCGCCCAUCGCCGCUCUCUCGCCACCACUUCCUCUUGUACCAGCAUCCUGCAGGUGAUUCUGGACAUCCCAACACAACGGGGUCUGUGUGCCUUUUGUUACCCAGUGCCCCAUUUUCGUUCGCAAUUUAAGAAUCGUUGGUUGAUCGGCGGUAGAAAAGGGUUUCUGGCUGGAUGCCGCGAGGAGACAGAAUAAUGUUGCCGCUGAGUUGAGCAUAGUAGAAGAUUUUUAGAAGCUGAAAAUGGUUCAAUCAAAUUCAAUCGAUGUAAUUCUGGACUUCUUAAAACAGAAUCACUUCACAAGAGCCGAGGCAGCGUUACGAAGUGAGCUCAGUAACCACCCAGAUUUGAAUGGACUUCUCAAGAAACUUACACUUGACGAGAAGAGUUUAGGGGACACGUUGGAGGUAGAAAAUGGGGACAAAGCAAUGGUGGAGAACCGACUGACAGGUUCACAAAAUAAUCUUGAUGUUUCCAAGGAACUUAUUGUGAAGGAAAUAGAGUGCGGAAGUAGUAGAAAUGGUGCUGAAAGCAAAUGGAAAAAUGAUUCUGGAGAGAGGAAUAAAUCAAACGAAGCAGUUGGAACGAGUGACAGGAGCUUUGCUUUUUCUCAGGGCUCAGAUGAUACUGUGCUUGAUUUAUAUUCAUGGAAAGUCAAAUCUAGCAAUGGUCCGGUUGGAAUCUCUCAGAAUGAUGGGUUCAAGGAUACAAUUAACUUUCCUGAGCUUCAGGUAUCUGAAAAAUCCAGAUAUCAUACUGGAGAAGUUUCUGAAUCAAGAAAAGUCAACUUCAAAGCAGGUGAAGGUGUUGUUUCAUCUGGUGAAACGAGAGACUUGUGGCAUGGAAGUGGUAGCAAAGCAAAUGUGGAAACCAAAUAUGACGUCUCCCAAAAUUCUGAACCGAAAGAAUUAGAUCAGCAAGUUAAGGCUACUUCUGCAUAUACAAAAGAGAACGCUGCUGAUAUUUCAUGGUAUAAAGGUAAGGAAUCUUCGCCAUCAGAUUUGUUGAAAAAUUGUUCUGUGAAGACUGUUUUUCCAUUUUCCAAGGGAGAUGUGUCAAACUGUUAUGAUAGCACGAUUUGUUCUGACAAACUAGAUACAAAGAGAAAAACAGAGGUGAGUGAUAUAAGGGCAACGAUUAAAGAGCAGGUAGGUGAAGUGGGAAGGACUUUAUAUUUUGACAGAUCUCAGGACAGUACUGAGCAAAAAACUCUAACCAGUUUAAGUUUAGCUCUUGUGGCUGAAAGUCAUGAGGAAAUGCCUCGAUUGCCACCUGUCAAACUGAAGUCUGAAGACAAGCCUUUAAGUCUUAAUUGGAAGGAAAACUUUGAAAGUGAUGGACAAAUUGCAAAAUUUACUAGCAUGGACAGCUCCCUUCUUAUAGGGUCUUAUUUGGAUGUUCCUGUUGGGCAAGAAAUUUCCUCUGCUGGUGGAAAGAGGAAUGCUGGUGGCAGUUGGUUGUCUGUAAGCCAGGGAAUUGCAGAGGAUACAUCUGAUUUAGUUUCUGGUUUUGCCACUGUUGGUGAUGGCUUAAGUGAGUCUCUGGACUAUCCAAAUGAGUAUUGGGACUCUGAUGAAUAUGAUGACGAUGAUGACGUUGGGUACAUGCGACAACCUAUCGAGGAUGAAGCAUGGUUCUUGGCUCAUGAGAUUGAUUAUCCAAGUGACAAUGAAAAGGGAACAGGGCAUGGAAGUGUCCCAGAUAUGCAGGAUAGAGCUCAAACCAAAUGUGAGGAUGAUGAUCAAUCUUUUGCUGAGGAGGACUCUUAUUUUUCUGGUGAACAGUAUUUUCAAUCAAAACAUAUUCAACCCGUUACAAACUCAGAGGAUCCUAUGGGGCUGACUGUGACAGAAAUGUAUGGGAGGACCAAUAAGAAUGAUUUAAUGGCUCAAUAUGAUGGGCAGUUGAUGGAUGAAGAGGAACUAAACUUGAUGCGUGCUGAACCUGUGUGGCAAGGUUUUGUCACCCAGACUAAUGAGUUGAUAAUGUUAGGGGAUGGGAAAGUUGUGAAUGAGUCUAGAAAACAAAGGCUUGAUGAUAUUUGUAUGGAUGAUGAUCAGCUUGGUUCGGUUAGAUCAAUUGGUGUGGGGAUCAAUAGUGAUGUGGCAGAUUUUGGCAGUGAAGUACGUGAAAGCUUGGUGGGAGGCAGCAGUGAGGGGGAUUUAGAAUAUUUCCAUGACCAUGAGGUUGGAGUUGGUGCCUCCAGACUUACUUAUCAUGAUUCAGAGAAAAAAUAUUUGGAUAGAUCGAAAAGGGAUAAGAAGAGCUGUAGUAAACAGCAACCGAAUAAACAAUCAUCUGGGAACGAUACAAGCAUGUCUUCACAGAUCCAGAAUCAAACUGAUGGGGGAUUUUCAUUUCCCCCACCCUUGAGAGAUAGACAAUUAGUACAGGCAAGCUCUGGCAAGUCUUUGUGGUCUAACAACUCUAACAGAGUGGCUAGUGAUGAAAAUGAUGCAUCUUUGAAUGCUUUGAUGCAAUCUGAUGAUAUGCUUGCUUGGCGACAAAAAAAUUCUGAUUCUUCUCCUGAUAAUAGUCUUAGGGAUGAAAAUAAUGCUAAUGCUGUAAGGUCCGAAAGUUCAAGUCCUUCCAUGCUUUCCAACUAUCAUUACACUGAAAGAAGGCACACCAAGAUAGAAAAUGUUGAUAAAAUUAGUAGCAUAAGGGAAGAAGACCCUGUGGCAUCACUCGAGGAUGAAGAGGCAGCUGCUGUACAAGAGCAAGUAAGGCAGAUAAGGUCUCAGGAGGAGGAAUUUGAGUCCUUCAACCUCAAAAUUGUUCAUCGUAAGAACAGAACUGGUUUUGAGGAGGACAAGAAUUUCCAUGUGGUAUUAAAUUCUGUAAUAGCCGGACGCUAUCAUGUUACUGAAUAUCUUGGGUCAGCUGCAUUCAGCAAGGCUAUACAAGCACAUGAUUUGCACACAGGCAUGGAUGUAUGUAUAAAAAUUAUAAAGAACAACAAGGAUUUUUUUGAUCAGAGCCUUGAUGAAAUAAAGCUUCUAAAAUAUGUUAAUAAGCACGACCCAGGAGACAAAUACCACCUUCUACGACUAUAUGAUUACUUCUACUAUCGGGAGCAUCUGUUAAUUGUGUGUGAACUUCUGAAGGCAAACCUAUAUGAGUUUCACAAAUUUAAUAGAGAAUCAGGAGGAGAAGUGUACUUCACCAUGCCAAGAUUGCAGUCAAUUACAAUACAAUGCCUGGAGGCACUUCAGUUUUUGCAUGGUCUUGAUCUUAUACAUUGUGACUUGAAGCCUGAAAAUAUAUUGGUGAAAAGUUACAGUAGAUGUGAGGUGAAAGUUAUUGAUCUUGGAAGUAGUUGUUUUGAGACAGAUCAUCUAUGCUCCUAUGUUCAAUCUCGAUCCUAUCGGGCCCCAGAGGUUAUCUUGGGACUUCCAUAUGAUAAGAAGAUAGACAUAUGGUCUCUUGGCUGUAUCUUGGCAGAACUUUGUACUGGCAAUGUUCUGUUUCAAAAUGAUUCUCCUGCCACAUUACUUGCUAGAGUGAUCGGAAUUAUAAGUCCCAUUGAUCAAAGUAUGCUUGCUAAGGGACGAGAUACAUACAAGUAUUUUACCAAAAAUCAUAUGCUGUAUGAACGAAAUCAGGAAAGCAAUAGACUGGAAUAUCUCAUACCAAAAAAGACAUCGUUAAGGCACCGAUUGCCAAUGGGGGAUCAAGGUUUCAUCGACUUUGUUGCCCAUCUGCUUGAGAUAAAUCCCAAGAAACGCCCUUCUGCAUCAGAGGCACUUAAACACCCAUGGCUAUCUUAUCCUUAUGAACCUAUUUCUUCAUGAACCAUCAUCUGAAGUAACUUGGUUCUGAUAAUAUAUUACAGCUGCCCUCAUGAUUGUAGUUUAUUGGCUUUUCAAGCAGGAUGGAGCUGCAUGUGAUUCAUGGUUAACUUGGUUGGCUUUACUUACUGAUUUUUGAAGGGAUUUUUGCACUUCAAAUUUCUUCCCAAUCGAAUGAAAAGGUUUGUUCAGCUUUUCUUGUUGUACCGAACUUUUUACCCCCACACCAAGUUGUCCCCUAUUUAACCACAAUCGAAAUGUAGUUUUUGAUGACUUAUGUAUUCUUGGGGUUUCUUUAUUUUUAUCGCUUUGGAAAAGGGGGCAAUCUUGUUGUAAAUGUGUGAUAAUUCUUUAGGUUAUCAGUCAUAUUUUGCUAAAGUUCUUGCUUAUCCAUAUUUGAAGCAAGGUCAGUGAUGCUACGUUAGAGUAUUUUUAGUCUAAGCCUUGCGACCCUCUGGUUCCUUUGGGUCUUCCUUUUGUUCUUGUAUCAGGAUUCAGUCUGUCGUGAGUGUCUGUUAGACUUAUUAGGUACUAGGCCUUUUACUGCAAUCUCUAGGGUGUCUGAUGGCGGAAGAAAUGAGUAUCCCACGUUCAUAUUGAUACUGAUAUUUCUAAAUGUGACUACAAAUAUCAAUUCCCAUUUUCCCCC